GUUUGAUCUCAAAAUUUUGAAAGUUGAACUUUGAACAAAUAUCUUCCGAUUCUAUGCAACAUACGUUCACACAACAGCUACAAACAUGUUGAUGUAUAUUUUAUUAGCUUUACCUAUAAUAUACAUAAUAAAAAACGCGCUGUCAAGCGACGUGGAGCCGAUAUUUGGAGUACAUGCACAACCGGGAAAAUGGUUUGGAAUAAAAUAUUGUGUGUUUUGGUUGAUAUUCCAACUGCGAAAGUACCAGAAUAAGAAAGCAGCUGCAAGUAGCGUGCAAGGUGCAGGAUAUGGUAGGAGGUCAAGGGCAACACCCCAAGAGAUGGAUAAAGUUCAGGAGUUACCUAAAGAACACCCAAUGGCUGUGGAUGCUGUAUACUUUAAUGGUGGGUCAAGGGAAGGACAGUACCUUGUCAUGGCAACGGCAAGGAGACAUCAUAAUCUUGUGCAAACUCUACUGUUUUUCAGAGUUCCUGGUGUAGGUCUUUUCGAAUUGCCAUCUAAGCCUGACACGUCACACUAUACAGAAGACGGUGGUUAUUCCAUAAAAGAUGGACUCAAGAUUGAGCCAACUGAAGCUAUGAAAAGAUGGAAACUCUCUUAUGAUGGGAAACUCAGGUUAACUAAAUUAGAUAAAACAACAUCAGAACAUGAAGUUAAAUUCUGUCUUGAUUGGUCAGCUUACACUCCGCUGUUCGAUUUCGACGUGGACAUGUCUGUGCCAGCCAUGUGUACCAGUAUUGCGAGAGAAAAAUGGACGAGACAAUUUUUUACUAAAUUAAAAACGGCCCACCAGACCCAUUAUGAACAGUUUGGUGAGAUUACGGGUUCAGUCUGUGUGUCCGGGAUGGACGACAUUCCUGUUAAAGUUCAGGGUGUUCGGGAUCAUUCAUACGGUAAUAUCCGAGACUGGCGCGAUCUCCACAGAUACAGCAUAAGCUACCUCCAUUGUGAAGAUGGAAUGGCCGCAGCAAUUGGGGUCAUCUGUAUGCCGCUCACCAUGUCUAGGAUUGUAAUGGGUUAUGUUGUCCAACCAGGGGGAAUUUGUGAAGUGGCCUCAUGGACAGACUUUGAACUUUAUAAAAUAGGCGAAGAUGGCACACCGCCCAAGAGUCUCACAUUCAGCUUUAUUGCAGGUGGCAAAAAAUAUGACGUCAAAUAUGAAGUUGUCGAGGCCCCAACAUUCUACAUGGGGUAUGAGUGGGAGGCAAGAAUCAUUGAAAACUUUGUCAAGGGAACGAUAAACGGAAAAGCAUGCUGGGGUAUAAGCGAAUGGGACUACAGGAAUAAGACACAUCCAAGAGAGAAAGAAUACAAGGAUGCUGAUUCAUAUGGUGAAUCAAUCAAAGACAAGUUCCUCCCUGUACAUUGAUGGCUUAGAGAUUCAUAAUCUUAAAGACAAUUUUUUACAUGUACACUGAAGGGCUAGAGGUCCAUAAUGUUAAAGUCAAGUUUUCACCUGUACACUAAAAGUACAUGUAUUGAGAUUAAUAAUAUUAGAGACUAGUUUUUACCUGUACACCGAAGGCCUAAAGAACAAAUGUUCACCUGUACAUUCAGGGUCCAGGGAUCCAUACACUAUAUAUAUACAGGUAUAUUGUUAAAGACAAGUUUUUAUCUGUACAUUGAAUACAAAUAGAACCAUAAUGUUAAAGAGACGUUUUUACUUCUCCACUGAAGGCCAGAAAUCCAUAAUGUUAAAGACACGUUUUAUCUAUACAGUGAAGGCCCAGAGACCCCAGAAGUUUUUACCUGUAUAUUGAAGGCCUAGAGGUCCAACAUGUUAAGGAAAAUCUGUACCUUGACGGCCUAA